AUGGAUGCCCAUCAUCGGGGCAUAUGCCGUUUCUCUGCAGCUGAUGACCCGUUUUAUCGAGCUAUCGUGCCAUUCUUUAUUGGAUUCAGUAAAGGAAUUGACAGGCUGCUCAUUCCACCGACUCCAGCUCUGAACAAUGCUGCCUUUGAAACAGAAACCCUUUUCGAUGUGCCUUAUGCACGUUGUGUCGAGUUUCAUGGAAGAAAGCAAUUGCUGGCUGAUAUAGAGCUCUAUUUUAGUGAGCCUAGUUCUGACCAGCAAAGAGUGUAUGGGAUAUCAGGCCUGGGUAUGCUUAUCAAAUAUGUACCAUUUUCAUGCAACGGAAGAGAAACCAAUGUUAACAGUCCGUUAGGAGGCGCCGGUAAGACCCAGACAGCAUUGCAUUACGCCUUUCAAAACCGAUUUAAGUACAAAUCCGGAGUCGUUUUCUUUAACGCAACGUCAAACACGACGCUUAUUGCCGAUUUUUACAGAAUAUAUGACCUUCUGCACCUGGGAAAGGCAUCCGACAAGAUAGACUACCUUAAGCGAUGGUUCUCCAAGCCAACAAGGCGUGACUGGCUAAUGAUAUUUGAUGGAUUUAACGACCUUAAUGCUGUCCAGAUCAGGGAUUACUUCCCGAACACCUCGUGGGGUCAUAUAAUAGUGACAAGCCGCGAUCAAUCCACUAUAGGUCUUGUCAGCCCCUGUGGGACCAUAAUCACCCCCCUAGAAGAGGAUGCCGCAGUCAAGCUACUUCUUGGGAAAGCUGCAAUUCGCAAUCCUAGUAGCGAAGACAUAACAGAUGCCGGUGUCAUUGUCAGGCAUUUGGGCUGUCUUGCCCUAGCCGUCGAUCAAGCAGGGGCCCUUAUUCGGAGACGCCAAAAGUCCUUGAAGGAUUAUCAUCGCCUUCUCGAGAACGAACAAAGCGAACUUUUGAAAAUCAAACCUGGUAUUGGAGUACACGAAAAGACCGUCUCAACCGUCUGGGAGCUUAACUUUCGACAGCUUGAAAAGGAUACCCCUGACGCUUCGCUUCUCCUUCUACUCUUCUCCUUUCUCGAGGCUGCCCAAAUAUCUGAAUCAAUGCUGAAAAGGGCAUGUUCAAAUAUGCAGAUAUGGUCAGAAAAUGGCGGUGUUCUCGACAUGUCCCCUGAAAGGGCUGGUAUAGACUCCGGAGUCAUCUCCAUAAUAAAUAACGAAUUGCGGUUUGACCAGGCUGUCGAACAGCUGCUGGCAUUUUCUCUCAUACAAACUAGCAUUACCGCCAGUGGAAGGUCAUUUUCAGUUCAUCCACUUGUCCAGUCUUGUGCAUCUCAUCGUGUUUCCCUCGAGACACGUCAGAAAUGGCAAGUUCAGGCAAUUAUGCUUAUUACGCACGUAUUUCGAAAGCAAAGACUCUCAGGGGCCAUUACUGAUCUGGGAGAUACCGGGAGUCAGAUGUUCCCUCACAUUCCUCGCGUGCUUAAGGAAUUUGACACGCUGGAUAAGAAUUGCCCGCUGUAUCCAAAGGCAAAACGGGCAAUGUGUUUGUUGCUCCUCGAAGGGUCCAAAUUCAAUGGUAAUGUAUGGAGACGGGACACUAUUGCCAAAGCUAGGGAACUGCUUGAACGAGGCGAUGCUGUACUAGAAGCGCGAGUUGCACGGCGGGAAAGCACAUUAUUGCGUUUACAUGGAAAAAUAGAGGACUCUUAUCGGGUGAUUGAGAAUUGCAUCUACGAUGGUGUCUUUGCCGGUGGGCUGAAUAUCACCGAGAAAGCAAACGCGGAGAAAGGAAAGCUUAUAAUUUCCUAUGCCGGAAAUUUUAUUAUGGAGAACCAGCUUGCACGGGCAAAGAAAGAGCUCGAAUCGUGGCAGCCAAAGGAUCCAAAGCACCCUUCGUUGAUGGAAUCAUCUGUGCUCAGCGAUAGAAAUGUUUCCUUGGGGAGAUUGCUCAAAAAUCAAGGAUGUUUCAGCGAAGCUCUGCCAUACUUCGAGCGAAUAUUUCAGGAUAUAAGAAGUGGGAAUUGUAGUGGAAAUCCAAUAUGGCAAAUGAAUGCUCUCGCCAACUUAACUGACUUAUACCUUGAAGUGAGCCGCCCCGAUGACGCGGAAGCAAUGCUCAGGGAAACGAUGAAGAUAAUGUAUGCCCGUGGAUGGCAGAGAUAUUCGAUAACCAGGAGGCUGCGGCUUUCUCUGGCCGAAAGCUUUACCAUGCGUGUCAUGUGGACCACGGCAGAAGAAUGCUUUCUACGACUGAUUCCAAUGUUCGAUGGGAUCGAAGAGCCCGACACUAAUCAAAAAACCGAGCAUUUCCGAGCUUGGGCUGGACUUGCAAAAAUAUCCCAUCUCCAGGGCCACUGGGACCAGGCCAUUCGCCAUUGGAAAAUGGCCAUACACAUAGUUGAAAAGAGUGGAUGGGCAAAUAAGUUCAACCAUGGUGUUUUGCUUCACUCUCUCGCUCAUGCUCAAUUCCAGGCAGGUAGGAUCACUGAAAGCCAGGUGACGUUGGAGAUGGCAAUGCAAAGUCUCGCAGCCGAAGAGAGGAAAUAUUGGAUUGUUGGCCUAGGCUCCUACUGGUUCGACUACAUUCAGGCACCCUUGGGACAAAUCGGCCAAAGCAAAGUAAUCGUUGAGCCUGAUGCUUAUAGCGAAAAUGAGGAACAGAGCCGUGUAAAACUUUUUACCGACCUAUUCGGAUGA